UGGUCGUAGAUUGUUAAUCAACUCAACAGAGUUUCGUUCCGUCGUCCGAGUGCGGGUAGAUCGCGGCAGGCAGUGAAUCGUGCCCGCUGCGUUGUGUUCGUUGGUCGUGAGUUUUGUGCAAAGUUGGUAACGUUGCCCGGAAGCCUAACGCACCACCAUGAGCACGGCGGAGGGAGACGGUGGUACGGAGCUCCGUCGGCGUGUAGCAGCUGAAGCGGAAGCCACACUAGAGCACCAAGAGGAGAAAGAUCCCAAGCAGGACCAUCAGUCGCAGCCGAAGGAAUGUACAACUACGGAAAAUUCGGACCAUGUUGAUUCAGAAACAGAGACCGAGGAACGGCUGCCGGAUGAGAAGUACAUCGAAGAGUUGGCUAAAAAUCAGCCGCAAGGUACCAAUAAGAUGCCAGAAAUUUUAACACAUAUUCUGGACGGAUUACCCGACAGAUGGCGGAACUGGGUAAUACGUGGUAUCUUCACGAUGAUCAUGAUCACUCUGUUCUGUGGCAUCAUCUACCAAGGACCGCUGGCACUGAUGAUUACGGUAUGUUGA